AUGCCUAGUUUUGGAAAAUGCGAACUCCCGGAAGACUUGAAUCUAGAUGAGUACUCGCAAGUUAACAACGAUGAAAGACCAGAAGAGCAGACAGCCCCGGGAACAAGUCCCUCCCAAUCUCCCCCGCCUUAUUUUUCAGUCGUCGUUAAUAAUUCUCCGAGUGCACCCUCUACCUCAGAACUUGCAACGGAACAAAAAUCAUGGAUGGAAAAACUAAAGGGCAUUUCGAUUAUUUUGAAGAUAGUUAUCGCUCUCUUUACAAUCGGAGGAAUAGUGACGCCGAUAGUCGUUUCAAAAACAAGUCUUCGUUCGGCUCCAGUUUCAAUUGAAAAGAUACGAUGCGUUGAAUUCCGACCGAUGACGUCAGAUUUUUCUGACUCGACAUUUCCCUCUUCAAAGGCAACCUGUAACCGAAUCGGAGGCGAAGUGGCAUUUUUCUUGAACCAGCAAGAAUUUGAGUUCUUCGAAGACCGAGAUCAUCCUAACGAGGAGUGGUUAGGAAUUUUUCGUGUGAAUGGAAACCAGUGGUUCACGCCUUUGGGAGAAGAAAGUCCAGUUUUGAAUUGGAGAGCGGGCGAACCAAGCAACCUUGAAGGCCGCGAAGAUUGUGUUCAAAGAAGAUCGACUGGUAAAUGGAAUGACGUUCCUUGCGAUUCUUGGAACAGAAGCUUUUCAUGCAGAAUAGAAAGAAUUCUUAAUGCUCCUUCCAAAUGCAAUGAAAAUGAGCUGAAAUCUUAUCGUUAA